AUGAGUAACCAACAAAGAGGAGGUUUACAGCCACCAGCCCAACAACCACAACAAGGUCUUCAACCACCAGCUCAGCAACCACAACAAGGCUAUGGAGGAUACCCACCACAACAACCGGGUCAGUACGGUCAACAACCAGGUCAAUAUGGUCAAUACCCACAACAACAACAACCAGGUCAGUAUGGUCAACAACCACCAUACGGAGGAUACCCACCACAACAACAGCAACCCGGUCAGUAUGGUCAACAACCACCAUACGGAGGAUACCCACCACAACAACAACCAGGUCAAUAUGGUCAAUACCCACAAGCCGGUCAAUACCCACAAGCAGGUCAAUAUCCACCACCAGGAGGUGCUCCAGGCCAAUACCCACAAGCAGGUCAAUAUCCACCACCCCAACAACAACAACCGGGACAAUACCCUCAAGCCGGACAAUACCCACAGGCUGGACAAUACCCACAAGCAGGUCAAUACCCAGCACCAGGAGGUGCUCCCGGUCAAUACCCACAAGCAGGCCAAUAUCCAGCUCCAGGUGCUGCUCCAGUCACUGCCCCAGGUGGUGGUGUUAGCUUGGUCAAGUUUUUCGACCACGUACAUCAUCGUUAUGCCCGUGAUUACACCCUCAUCAUUGAUCGUAGUGGGUCAAUGGCUGGUUCACUCUGGCGUGAGGCAUCUACUGCAGUCCAAAAGAUUGCUCCAUUUGCUUGUCAAGCUGAUCCUUCACCAAACAAACAUACUAAAUACAAUAACAUCAAGGAUGGAAAGGUUGUCAUGGACUUGUUCAAACGUGAAAGCCCAAGUGGGACAACCGAUCUCUAUGGUGUGUUGAACAUGGCCAUCACUGAACAUUUCCAAAACAACAAACCAGAAACCAUCCUCAUCAUCACUGAUGGUAUUCCAAACAAUACUACCGAUGUUAAAAACUUACUCAUUCAAACUGCCAAUAGAAUUGCUCGUGAUGAAGAUCUUUCAAUCUCUUUUAUUCAAAUUGGACAUGAUCGUGAUGCAACUAAAUUCUUAAAGUCUUUGGAUGAUGAAUUAACCCGUCAAGGUGCUAAAUUUGAUAUUGUCGAUACUCUUACCUCUGAUGAAAUGCAUGUAACGACACCAAACAAUGUCAUAUUGAAGAGUAGAAAGACAGGUUAUAUACAAAGGAAGUUUUCCGAUGUAAUGCCACAACAACUAGCUCAAUAUGUACCGCAAGAUGAAUUUAGUCGAUCGGUGCAAUCACUAAACAGAGUAUCAAAAUACACAGUUUGGGGACAAAUGGCAACACUGAUACCAACCAUUAUUUGUGGAGCUAUUCUAUUUGGUGUUGGUGAAGGAAAUAGAUCUAGCAACUCUACUCCAAUCUAUUGGUAUAUUGGUAUCAUUGUAUUAGGUAUCUCUUUUAUUUGGUUAUUAUUCAUCUUACUUACUUUAAAACAAAAGUUUUUAAGAAAUCUAUCAUUACAAGUAGCAAGUGAACAUACAAAAUAUUUUAACAAGUAUGCAAUUGGAUGGUCACUUCGAUAUGUUGAGUUUCAUUCACCAAAGAAAAAUACAAAGAGAUUAAAAGUAUGGUGUGAGUUGGCACUUCCAAGUGGAAUGGCUGCUCAACAACCUGUUAUUGUUCAACCCAAUAACUACGCAGGUCAACAAUUGGGAGGAGUUUACAUCCCCAUGACCCAAUUCCAUGGUCAACAACACCCUCUAGUUACUCAAUAUCAAGGACAUGGACAAGCUAUUCCAAUGUAUACAACACCACAACAAGGAGGAUAUCCUCAACAACAACAUCAUCAUCAACUACAACAACAACCACCAAUCAAUCCAAACUCUGGAAUACCAUAUACAACCAUUCCAAUUGAUGCUUUACCAAACAACAAUAACAACAUACAUAAUCACGACCCUGUAAAUUUAAAUAAACAGGGCUGA